CCUCAAUUGAAGCUGCAGAAUCACAGCUUCAGUAUGGCUCGUCUCCUCUCUCUUAUUGCGCUGUCCGCAGUAGCAAGCGCAUCCCGUAUACAACAGCCUCUCCAAGACAGCUCCAGCUCCCAGAAAGCUAUUGACACCAAUAGCAAGCCACUCGUUAGCACAGAAGCUAUUCAAGCCGACAUCAAAUCCAAGAACCUCCUCAAGCGCGCCGAAAAGCUGUUUGAUAUUGCCCAGCUGGGUGUAGACGAAUAUGGGCAUCCUACGAGAGUGAUUGGGAGUAAAGGCCACCUCGGCACGCUCGAAUAUAUCUACUCUACCCUCAGCUCCCUAGGAGACUAUUACACCCUUUCAAAUCAAACGUUCAACGCUGUCGUGGGCAAUGUCUUCGAAUACAGGUUGGUGCUUGGCGAUAAGGAGCCGGAGAGCACACAAGCAAUGUCCCUGACCCCUCCAACACCAAACAAAGACGCAGUCUUUGGCCAGCUCCUCUUCGUCGAGAACGAAGGCUGCCAUGCCUCCGAUUACCCCACCGAUACUCCUGAGAAUUGGAUAGCUUUCAUACGUCGCGGGUCAUGUUCAUUUGGGGACAAGUCGGCUGCUGCUGGGAAAGCUGGAGCUGUGGCGGCAGUUGUGUAUAACAAUGAGAAGGGGAGCUUGUCUGGAACGCUGGGUACCCCUGAUAAGCACCACAUCGCUACAUUCGGUAUCUCGAAUAAGGAUGCGCAGGAAUACCUCAAGGACUUGAAGGCCGGAAAGAAUAUCUCCUCGUCUGCGUAUAUCGAUGCUAUUGUCAGGAAUACAGGAACCACGAACAUCGUAGCGCAGACCACGGGUGGUGACCAGGAGAACUGCGUCAUGCUUGGUGGACACAGUGAUUCUGUUUCUGAGGGUCCGGGAAUCAACGAUGAUGGCACUGGCUCUCUCACUCUCCUUGAGAUCGCUACCCACCUCACGAAAUACAGCGUCAACAAUUGUGUGCGUUUUGCGUGGUGGGCUGGUGAAGAGGAGGGCUUACUUGGCUCGGACUACUAUGUCUCCCAGCUGUCCGAGUCGGAGAACUUGAAGAUCCGUCUCUUCAUGGACUAUGAUAUGAUGGCUUCUCCGAACUACGCUUACCAGGUGUACAACGCAACAGAUGCCGCAAACCCAGUUGGCUCUGAGGAGCUAAGGGAUCUAUAUACCGAAUGGUAUAAGGCUCAUGGCUUGAAUUACACAUAUAUUCCUUUUGAUGGGCGAAGUGAUUAUGAUGCUUUCAUCAAGAAUGGUAUUCCUGGUGGCGGAAUCGCUACUGGAGCAGAGGGCGUCAAGACGAAAGAAGAGGAAGAGAUGUUUGGCGGAACUGCUGGACAGUGGUUCGAUCCUUGCUAUCAUCAGCUUUGUGAUACUGUUGACAAUUUGGCUAUGGAGGCUUGGGAGGUGAAUACCAAGCUUGUUGCUCACUCCGUUGCUACAUACGCUGUCUCUUUCAAGGGUUUCCCAAAGAGAACGAGUGUCAAGUACAGCAUGGUCGAGGAUGGGCCAACUCGUUUCCACGGACCAAAGCUGGUAAUGUAGCCUCACGUGUCCUCACGCUGCUGUUAGGGAUUCGAAUAUCUACGUGUAACAUAGAUAAUACCAAUAGAUGCCAAAAGCCAUAUUCC